GGGCUGCUCAAUUACUGCGUUUUCUCUCUCACAGCUGAGUACCAUGCUCUCGGUCCGCACUCCGCUCGUCACCCUGCCCAGCCCACGGCAGUCACAGCUGUCGCCGCUGAGGGGACUCAGCCUAGCCGACAAGGAAAACACGCCUCCGUCCCUCAGCGGGACCCGCGUUCUGGCCAGCAAGACCGCGCGGAGGAUCUUCCAGGAGCCGACCGAGCCGCAGCAGAGGAGUAAGAGCCUCGUCCCCAGCGCGGAGGAGGAACCGCUGCUGAGAGAGAACCCUCGGCGCUUUGUGGUCUUCCCCAUCGAAGCCCUGAAGGCUGAGGAGAGAUACUUUAUAUCGCACGUCCUAGCUUUUUUUGCUGCCAGCGAUGGCAUAGUCAAUGAGAAUUUGGUGGAGCGAUUUAGCCAAGAAGUUCAAAUUACAGAAGCCCGUUGUUUCUACGGCUUCCAGAUUGCUAUGGAAAACAUACAUUCGGAAAUGUACAGUCUGCUUAUUGACACUUACAUUAAAGAUUCCAAAGAAAGGGAGUUUCUCUUCAAUGCCAUAGAGACCAUGCCCUGUGUGAAGAAGAAGGCAGACUGGGCCUUGCGCUGGAUAGGGGACAAAGAGGCCACCUAUGGAGAACGCGUGGUGGCCUUUGCCGCUGUGGAAGGCAUCUUCUUUUCUGGUUCUUUUGCGUCAAUCUUCUGGCUCAAGAAACGAGGACUCAUGCCUGGCCUCACCUUUUCCAACGAACUCAUUAGCAGAGACGAGGGCUUGCAUUGUGACUUUGCCUGCCUGAUGUUCAAGCACCUGGUGCACAAGCCAUCGGAGCAGAGAGUGAAGGAGAUUGUCAUCAAUGCCGGAAACAUCAUUGUUAGAGCAGAGCAUGGGGGCACUGGGGUCCGAGACACCAGGGCCCUGCUGAGUGAGAUUGGCCUGAAAUCCCGGCUGCAGCCAGCCCAGCCCACCUACACCUGGGGUCCUUAUCGGAGCCCAUAUGGGCUGAGUCCCUUCCUGGGAGCGCUGUUCCUGGGGCGUCUGUUUCCUGCGGCCCAUAGGAGCCCCAUCCUCUUCCCUGUGCCUACCUCGACGCUCCCGCAUGAAGCCAGCAUCUUCCUCUCCACAGCAAGUGCCUUCCCCAGGAGCAAGUGGUCGGCUGUCUUCUCGAUGCUGGCCCGAGGAGUGACAGCCAUGGCGUCCGCGCCGGGUUCUGCACGAGUCAUUCAGGCCCCCGCCUCGCAGCCCUGCCGGAGCUGGCAGGCAGAGACUGCAUCUGGGCCGGCCCUGGGCACCACCUGCACACUCAGCUCCCAGCCCUACCUCGCAGCUGCACAGGACCUGGCAAGGCUGGCAGUGGGAGCAGAUGGGGGUGCGGGGGGGCCCUUGAGGCCUCUGAAGUUGGCGGAAGGGAUGAAGGAUGUGCACUGA